CUCGGUCGCAUGGUGCAUGGUUGACUGUUUACAGCCCUGAAACUGUAUGCAGAAGAUGAAAAUGCUGCUUUAAGACAACAUUUAGAGGACAGUAAUGAUAUCAGUAUUUCCGUUUUUAGGCGUCGGAUGAACGUUAAAUACACAGAAGCGUUUGUCUGCUAGGAAUAAGUAGUGAGAGCACAUUUAAUAUUUGAUAGAGCGUUGUUUACAUGCAACAAGACUCUCCACAACAUCUCUGACAUAAUGAGAGAAACGCUGAUUUUCAUUCUGCUGACUGGAUUAAUCGCUAUAGUAAGAGCUGACGACUGUCAAGCACUGAAUUUCGGUCAUGGUUCGGUUGUGUGCGUGUGCAAUGCGACAUACUGCGACUCGGUGGGCCGGACUGGGUUGCCAGAUCCCGGUCAGUUCUUGUCAUAUGUUAGCAGUAAAACUGGCAGCAGACUCGUGAAGAGUCAAGGCCAGUUCCAGAAGAACAGCACAGGUGCAGCUCUCAGAAUCACUCUGAAUCCCAGUCAGAAAUAUCAGCGCAUUAAAGGAUUCGGGGGAGCCAUGACAGAUGCAGCAGCUAUGAAUAUUCUGUCCCUGUCCUCUGGAGCUCAGGACCAGCUGCUCAGACAGUACUUCUCCCCAGAUGGUAUAGAGUACCGUUUCGUGAGAGUGCCGAUGGCCAGUUGUGAUUUCUCAACUCGCCUCUACACAUACGCUGACACUCCAGAAGACUACGAUCUCCAGAACUUCACCCUGGCUGAAGAGGAUAUUCACAUGAAGAUUCCCCUGCUGCAGCGGGCACAGGCUCUCUCUGCUCAGCCUCUCAAUCUGUUUGCCAGUGCCUGGAGCGCCCCCGCCUGGUUGAAGACCAAUGGUGCACUGAUUGGCAAAGGCUCCCUCAAAGGCAAGCCAGGAGGCAAAGAGCAUAAGACCUGGGCCCAGUACUACAUUAGAUUUCUAGAGGAAUAUGGGAAAUAUAAUCUUUCAUUCUGGGGGUUGACAUCAGGAAACGAGCCCACUGCAGGCGAACUUACAAAUUACAGUUUUCAGGCUUUGGGUUUUACUCCGGAGACACAGCGUGACUGGAUCGCCCUGGAUCUGGGUCCAGGACUCCAUUCCUCAUCCUUUCCCCAGACCCGCCUUAUGAUCCUCGAUGACAACCGACUUCUGCUUCCACACUGGCCCAAAGUGGUUCUGAGUGACAUACAAGCGGCACGCUAUAUCCACGGGAUUGGUUUUCACUGGUAUCUGAACAACCUUGCGCCACCUGACAUAACCCUGACAACCACGCACCACCUCUACCCAGAGUACUUCCUGUUUGCAACCGAGGCGUGUGCUGGGUGGAGUCCGCUGGAUCGUGGGGUGCGUCUGGGCAGCUGGGACAGAGCAGAAGACUACGCACAUGACAUCAUACAGGACCUGAAUAACUAUGUGACUGGCUGGACAGACUGGAACUUGGCCCUUAAUCAGGAUGGAGGGCCAAACUGGGUUAAGAACUUUGUGGACAGCCCAAUUAUUGUGGACUCAAGUAAAGACGUCUUCUACAAGCAGCCCACCUUCUACAGCAUGGCCCACUUCAGCAAGUUCCUGUGGGAGGGGUCACAGAGAGUGGGCGUGUCCUUCAGUCAGUACACCAGCCUGGAAAUUUCUGCCUAUAUCAGACCUGAUGCCUCAGCAGUGCUAAUCAUUCUCAACAGGUCUGAAGAAGAGGUGCAGUUUGAAGUUUGGGAUCAAACGCUGGGCUUUCUGCCAGGAAGUGCUCCACCUCACUCCAUCCUCACACUACUGUGGAGCAGACGCUGAACGGCUGUACCAAACACUGCAUCAAUAAUCCACAUAUGCACCUUAACGAGUAACUCAAACCAUUUCAGUCCAGCUUUAAGCCAGUAACAUUUCAAAUGACUGCAGCAACCAUGAUUACAAAGAAAUCAUUUCACUAGAUUCAAUGGUGGUUUUUAAUCUAUCCAUUUCACUUGAUAAGCUGUUUUGGUGCAUGGCAGUCAAAAGAUGAUUUAUGGGACAAUUAUCAAUUUUAAAGGCAAUAAAGAAAAAUAACGUGAUUGAGUCAUGUUUUAACAAGUAAUGCAAACAUUCCUGGAAAAGCUUGAUGUAUAAAAUUCCUUGCACUGAACACACUAAGAAUUAAAAAGACGCAAUAAACGCAACUUGUCACAGCCAUA